UUGCAAACUCUAUAAAAGGCAGCCACCCCGGUUCUCCCAAACCAUCCAUCCAUACACACAACACACAUCAUCUCUCCCACGUGCAUCCGCAUCUGCUUGAGCCCGAGAACUAGAGAGAACGAACCUUGAGAGAGAGAGAGAGAGAGAGAGAGAGAGAGAGAGAGAGAGAGAGUUCUUGCAACCAAGAAACUAAACCAAAGCAUAGCACAUGGCCGACCGCGUGAUGAAGCUGGCGUCGGAGCGGGCGGUGGUGGUGUUCACGCUGAGCUCCUGCUGCAUGUGCCACACGGUGACCAAGCUAAUGCAGGACCUGAGCGUGAACGCGCUGGUGCACGAGCUGGACAGCGACCCUAGGGGCAAGGAGAUGGAGCGCGCCCUGCUCAAGAUGCUCGGCGGCAGGGGCCCGGCCGUCCCCGUCGUCUUCAUCGGCGGCAAGCUCGUCGGCGGCACCAACAGGGUCAUGUCCCUCCACCUCGGCGGCGAGCUCGUGCCCAUGCUCAUGGACGCCGGCGCGCUCUGGCUGUAGACCCCAGGGCGGCCACGCUAUGAUGAGUACCAUGCAAAAGCUUGAAGUUAAAAUAAAGACCAUGAUCUUUCGAAGAGUAUACCAAGGUUAGUGGAGUGUAGUAUGUGUGUCGAGGGCAGGUUUUUCCCGUCCUGUUCUUCCAAGUUCUGACAGGAAUAAUAACUAGGGCAAACUAUUGCUUGCCAGCUUCAUAGAUACCUUAACUGUAGGUAGGAGCUAGUGAGCGAGAGAGAUGGCCUUGCUUUGUGAUUUCCUCUUUUUUAGAUGUUUGUGUGUAACUUUUCAACAGUAUGUGUGAUCAAUCUAUCGCCUUUUUUCGAUGGGCUUGUGAAUACAAAAUUACAAAUAUAUGUAUGA